GUUCUCCUCCACCUCUCUUUCUGACUCUGUAGAAGCAUUUCUUACAGAAAAAACCAAAACCCUGUGAAAAAAAUCGCUAGAAAGGAAUUGAGCAACUCACUGAGUUGAGUUGAGUUGAGUUCGAUUCGCAUCAGAUCGUUUAGAAUGCCUCCUGUUGGUCCUCGAUCCGGUGAUGCGAUCUUCGCCAACAUUGAACGAGUGAAUGCGGAGUUAUUUACCUUGACUUAUGGAGCAAUUGUGCGUCAAUUGCUUACGGAUCUAGAGGAGGUCGAGGAAGUCAACAAACAGCUUGAUCAGAUGGGCUAUAACAUUGGCAUUCGACUGAUUGAUGAGUUUCUAGCAAAAUCUAGCGUGUCCAGGUGUGUUGACUUCAAGGAGACAGCAGAAGUGAUUGCAAAGGUUGGUUUCAAGAUGUUCUUGGGGGUCACUGCAUCUGUGACAAAUUGGGAUGCUGAUGGGACAUGCUGCAGCAUUGUUUUGGAGGACAAUCCCCUAGUAGACUUUGUUGAGCUUCCUGAUACAUAUCAAGGUCUCUACUAUUGCAACAUAUUAAGUGGAGUCAUCAGAGGAGCUCUGGAAAUGGUAUCAAUGAAGACAGAAGUCACUUGGCUGCGUGAUAUGCUUCGAGGGGAUGAUGCCUAUGAGUUGCAGGUGAAACUUCUGAAGCAAGUCCCGGAGGAGUAUCCCUACAAGGAUGACGAGUAACAUCUCCCACCUUGCUCACACACUUCAUGGUCCCUAUCUGCUAAUUUUUUUUCUUUAAAGAGUAGGAGUUUUAACUGCAUGCUCACUGUUAUCAUUCGGUGCCAGAAUGUUUUUCCUUUAAUAAAUUCUAUUUUCUUUAUACCCUGCUACAUUUUCGCCUCUGGCCUGACCUCUUAUUCUUUGCUUCAUCAACCAAUUCCGCCAGCACCCCCAUCCUUCGCUUUCAUAACAAAAAUGGGAUGUGUUUUAGGCCCAAAGAAAUGGGUUUAGUGUAUCCCGCUCAAGGGAGUCCAUGUUCAUCUUAUGUGGACUCUGUGUUAAAAGUAAGGACCACUUUGGAAGCUGUUUUAAAGGUUGAAGACUCAAUCCCCAUUUACCCCCUGUUCUUGAACGGAACUAAUAAUUCCACCACAUUAGU